AUGGCUUCCACUUGGAAUAUACUACAGAGAGAUGUCUUCACCCCUUCGGGUGAAAAACUUCUGGAAAUAGCCCAUGUUUGGAAGACUGGGAAGAAAAAAAAGACCGCGGUACUCUGUAUCAUAGUGGGUGCCAGUCUGCCUAUGCAAUUGUUCCUGGUGAAAGUGAGAAGGGCAGAUAGAGGUGAGCAGUAUAAGAGGACUGACAAGUGGCCCUUGAAAGACCUGAAGCUGGUAGAUGGAAAGCAAGCCAAUCAGGAAACUCCCGAAUUUGAUCUGCAGUUCGAUAAGAUCUACAAAUGGACAGCCGGCAGCUCUGAUGAGAAGAACACGCUCCUCCGCUGCUUGUGGAAGCUGAACAAGCGUCACCUCUCGGGCAGGAUUGCAUUUAUCAAUGUUCCCUUGGAAUCGGUGGAAGGAUACCAUAGGCUACAGGAAGAGCGAAAGGCAAAUUCAGAGUUCGCAGUACAGGAAGAAGAGACAGAGUACCAGGAGAUGACCCCGAAAGAAUCUGCUGAUAUGCUGAAACUGAUGGAGGAGUACGAACCGCUAGUGAGCAACUCGGUAGCUUUCGUGGAGCGCCUUAGUCGAGAUCUUCAGCUGUUGGAUGAGGCCAACCUGCAGUCUGUCAUCUCCUCUGAGCAUCAGGUGGCCCAGCUCAUGGGCUUCAUUGACGAAGCCCUCGAGGAGGUCGCCGGCGUGGAGGAAACCUUGCAAGUCUACGAGAAGCUCCUGGGCACCAUGAAAGAGCAGAUGGAUCACAUUCAGCAGCGGAACUCCUUUCUGCAGCUCAUAGAUACCAACCAAGAGAAACUGAAGAAUGAGAUCCUUUUCCUUGUGAAUAAACUGAACCUUAGCAAGAAGCACUACGAGGCGCUGAGAAGCGGGGAUCUGUCCACUCCCAAAAAAGUGAAGGCCUGCAGUGCUGCCGUGGGAGCCUUCACAUCCUGCAUGAAUGUCGAGAUUCAGCCGGCUUACAGGAAGCUGCAGGCCGUAGCAGAACAACUAAUCAAGUUUGAAACUCUCCGACAAAACUUCGAAAUCAGCUUUGUCAGCCACGUUGUCAACAUUUUCGAACAGCAGGGGACGGGUCACGUCUCCAGGGUAACACAACCAGAGAGGAAGCUGAUCAUCCCUACCCAUGGGGACCACCACCAGGAUCUGUUGCUCUUUGUCCCUCUUAUGACUUGGCUGAAGAAUACCAACCCGGCCCUGUUUCAAGACUUGCCAAAGAUCUAUACCAGAAACCUCAGCAAACUCUACGAGAGGCAAAUCAGGAUGUUUUUUGAGCGGGCGAGAAUGCUGCUAGAGAGAACAAAAGAAAGUUCACAUGAAGGAUUAGACAAACUGGCGAAUUCACCAACCAAUGAUCCGAGACCACCCCGGAGAACCUCCUUAGCUGACAGCGUGGACGGAGAGGCAGAUGAAUCAGACCAAGGAAAGAUUGGAAAAAUCUUGGAGCAUGGUCUGAGAGAGUUGGAACCUUUGUACACGGCUGAGCAGAAGUUUAUCACCGAGUUCUUCUUGCUGAACCAAGACGGCCACCAAGAAGGGCUGGAGGAGAUCCUUGAUCCCAGUGAGGUGAACCUGGCAUCAUUGGCAGCAUCUCGCCACACCAGAACAACACCCCAGCUUGAUGAAGGCAUAAUCCAGAUGCUGAAAGAGAUCUUUAGUUCUCUUGAGUCGGAACUGAAAAACUUUAUCAGCGCUUGCCAAAGAGUUCACCAGUUCAGCUUCCUUCAAAUCCUGGUCACCUUGAACGAUUAUUCAUCUGAUGCCCGCGCCUCUGCCUCGACUUCCUCCUCAGCUUUCUUCAUCUCCAUCCUCAGUCAGAUCCUUCACCAGGCCCGAUCUACCUUCUAUAACUGUGUGGCUUCCCUGUGCAAGGAGAUUGAGGAUGUGAAGGUUUCUGGCAAGGUGAAGCUUGGUGUUCUGCCGUUCAUCAGUCGCUUUGAGGAAUUUGUCACUGUUUCCGAAGAUGCGUUCAAAUCGACUAAGAGGAGAGAAGAUCUGGACAGGGCUCAUGGCAAGCUGAUAGACUUGGUCUUCAAGAGCAUUGAUAAGCUGUCCUCCGCAAACCUGAAGAUCAAUGCGGACAUGGUCAAGAUGGAAAAUUUCCACCACAUUUAUUGCUUUCUCUCCCAAACGAAAAUCCAGAUCUUGGAAGACAGAAGGAAGGAGGCGAAGAAAAGGUACAGUGAGCAUUUGGACAGGUAUGUCAUCAAAUACCUGGGCCAGCCACUGGAGAAGCUAAAUUGCUUCUUCGAUGGCGUGAAAACCCGUUUGGCCCAGGGGGUGAAAGAGGAGGAAGUGAGUUUCCAGCUAGCAUACAGCAAGCAAGAACUCCGGAAGGUGAUUGAAAAGUAUCCUGGCAAGGAAGUGAAGAGGUCCUUAGAGGUGCUUUAUAAAAAGAUUAUCAAACAUCUCUCCCCAGAAGAAAACCUGCUACCGUUGGUCUGGCACGCCAUGGAGAAAGAAGUCCUGCAGCAGUACCAUGAGUUUGACCAUCUGAUCCAUCGCUGCUAUCAGGGAUCAGGAAUCACCCUGGACUUCUCAGUGGAGGACUUACUUGAAUACUUUGAGACCAUCACUCAAUCCAAUUUGUAGCCAUCCCAUUUCUGGGAAGUCUGCCAUUCCUCAUUCAGGUCAGAACUCGGCU